AUGGACUCGACGAUAUCGACACGACCACAGGCUCGGCCAGCCCACACGCAGGGCGUGACGCGAUGCGGGUACACGGCCGACGGCAGCCGUCUGGUGACGGUCGGAUCUAACAACCUGAUCCGGAUGUACAGGACGGGGUCGGACGGUGAGCCGGAAAACAUCGAUGACUGCCAGGAGCAGAAUGUGGCGCUGGCGGCGGGCAAGGACAUGUUUGUCGUGGGGGCCGAAGACGGCACGGUGAGCCUGUACUCGAUCGAGACGGCGUCGUUUGACAAAUUCUUGACGCGGACGACGCUACCGCCUCGGGACGUGGCGCUGUCCUCGGACUACCGCUGGUGCGCCAUCGCUAGCGACGAGCAGACGGCCAAGGUGGUCAACACGGCCGACAUCUCGCAGGUUCGGUACCUGCGCGAGCACAACCGCCCCACGCGGCACGUCAGCUUCGACCCGCAGGGCCGGCUGGUGACGCUGUCGGGCAUCGACGGUAUCGUGUACGUCUACUCGCUCACGGCCGAGCAGCCAGAGCUCAUCCGCAAGGUCGACGGCGUCAUCGCCGCUCUCGACGGCGACUCGGACCUGUCCACCCGCGCCGUCUGGCACCCGGACGGCAGGGCCUUUGCCGUCGCCACCCCGACCCGCGACAUUCAGGUUAUCUCCAAGAACGACUGGGAGAAGCAACGUUCCUUCCCCAACGGCCACCUCUCCGACAUCACCGCCAUCGCUUGGUCCCCCAACGGCGCCAUGCUCGCCUCGGCCGGCAAGGACGGCAAGGUGCUCGUCUGGGAGACCAAGACCCAGAGCGUCAUUGCUCGCUACGACUACUCUAAUGUCGUCGACCUGGCCUGGCACCCCACCAAGAACAUCGUUUCCUUCACCACCACCGACGGCGAGGUCUACAUCUAUCCGGACUUCCUCUCAGACCAGUUCGCCCCGCUGCUUAAGCUGCCCCGCCAGCCCGCCCCCUUCAUCCACGACCCCCUCUCCGAGAUUACAGGCAACAACAGGAGGCCGCAGGCGCCGCAGGCCAAUGGUGGCGGUUACAAGACGAGCGAGAUGCCCUCACGCCCGAGGAGGGAGUCCCUUGGUAGUCUCGCAUCCUUCCUGGGUGGGGCAGAGGACGAUGAAGGCGACGACUUCGUCGUCGAUGACGACGGCGCCGGAUACACCCUCGGUGGGGCCGCCGGGGGGGCAAACAAGAGGGGAUGGGACGGUGGCGACGCCGACGACCUGUCGCGCAAGCGCCGUCACCUCGAGUCCCAGUACCACGAGGCCUUUCAACCCGGGUCGACGCCCUGGAGGGGGAAUCGCAAGUAUCUCUGCCUGAACCUCAUCGGCUUCGUGUGGACCAUAGACCAGGACUCGCACCACACGGUCACGGUCGAGUUCUACGACCACGACUUCCAGCGCGACUUCCACUUCACCGACACCUUCCUCUAUGACAAGGCCUGCCUCAACGAGCACGGCACCCUGUUCUCCUGCCCCCCCCGGGAGGGCGCCACCGCCGCCGACAGCGCCCCGGCCACAAUCUUCUACCGUCCCCACGAGACCUGGACCCAGCGCAUGGACUGGCGCACCGAGCUGCCCCGCGGGGAGGCCGUGACGGCCAUGUCCCUCAGCGACUCGUUCGUCACCGUCGUCACCACGGCCGGAUACGUCCGCGUCUUCACCCUGUUCGGCAUGCCCUACCGCGUCUACCGCCCAAAGAGCAACCCCAUGGUCACCUGCGCUAGCUACAGGGACUAUGUCCUCACCAUGGGCAAUGGCGCCGUCGGCCCGGAUGGGUCCACGCGCCUCUUGUAUACCAUCGAGAAUGUCAAGAGGGAUGAGAUUUGCCAGAAUGAGGAUACUGUUGCUUUGCCCGAGGGCGCUACGGUGAAGAGCGUUUUCUUCUCCGACAAUGGUGACCCCUGCAUAUACGACUCAACAGGUACGCUUUUGACGCUCAUCCAUUGGCGUCAACCCUCCCGGGCAUCCUGGGUUCCCCUGCUCGACACCAAGCUCCUGCCCCGACUGGCAUCCGGGCGCAAGAGCGAGACGUACUAUCCGGUGGCAGUAGCGGACAACAAGUUCCACUGCAUCAUCCUCAAGGGUGGUGAUCAAUACCCCUACUUCCCGCGACCCCUCCUGUCCGAAUUUGACUUCUCCGUUCCCAUCUCUUCGGCUCCCAGGGACGCCAGCUCCAAGAAGGGCAAGAAGAAGAAUAAUAAGAAGAAGAAGAGCAGGAACAUCGGCUCGGACGACGACAUGGCCGACGGUGCUGACUCGGAGGAGGACGAUACCGAUAACGACAAUGAUGAGUCCGGCCAGGAAAACUCGGAGACAAAACCCCUCGAACAGGCCUUCCUACUCAAGGGUAUCCAGGCGGCCCAGAUGCGGGACCUAGUCGACUCUACAUCAGGCGCGCACACUCACCGCAUGCUGCUGUCUCGGCUAGAGGUGGAGAUUGACAAGACGCUCCUGCAGCUGCUGGCAGUCGAGUGCCGCGAGGGCGAGGAGAGAGGGAUGCGUGCCCUGGAGAUGGUGCAGCUCAUGCGCGAUCGCACGGGCCGCAUGUACGAGGCUGCUGGGAAGGUGGCGGAGAGGUAUGGGAGGAGUAUACUCGGGGAGAAGAUUCGUGAGGUUGGCGAGAAGAGAGUUGGCGGCAUGGAUGACGAUGACGAAUUCUAG